CUAGCGGCCGUUUCCCUGCGCCUGAGCGGCAGGAACGGCUUACAAAGAGCCGCCCGAGUUCGGGAGGUUUCCGAAACCCCGCCCCGCCGUUCCGCGGAGCGCCGCGCCCCGAUGAAAUUUGUCCCUUCCGCCGCUCCGUCCGUCCCCACGGCAACGGCCCCCGGCAACAUGGCGGCCGCCAGCAGCCCCAGCGUCUUCAUGGUGGCCGUCAACGGGCAGAUCGAGAGCGGGCAGUUCCCCGGGUUCGACGACCUCUACUGCAAGUUCUGCUUCGUCUACGGCCAGGACUGGGUUCCGGCGGCGGGCCUGGAGGAGGGCAUCUCCCAGAUCACCUCCAAGAGCGACGUCGCACCCACCACCUUCGUCUGGAACUUCCCCAUCGACAUCACCUUCAAGAGCACCAACCCGUCCGGCUGGCCGCAGAUUGUAGUGAGCGUCUAUGGACCUGAUUUCUUCGGAAAUGAUGUGGUCAGAGGUUAUGGAGCCGUUCACAUUCCCUUCACGCCGGGAAGGCAUAAAAGAACCAUUGCUAUGUUUGUUCCGGAGUCCACAUCCAAGCUGCAGAAGUUUACAAGUUGGUUCACAGGGAGACGUCCAGAAUUUACUGAUCCAAAAGUGGUAGCACGGGGAGAAGGAAGAGAAGUAACGAGGGUACGAUCUCAAGGCUUUGUCACCAUUUCCUUCAACGUCGUGACUAAAGAUAUGAAGAAGCUGGGCUACGAUGUGAGCCCAAGCGACAUGCAGAACCCCUGCCUGGUGCCUGCUACAGAAAGGAUUCAUAAGUACUGAACUCAGAAGUGAGAUGGUCAAAGGUACACACAGAAGUUAAGCAGCGGGGAUUCGUUUUGGUUUUCUUUUUCCUUCAAAUGGAAAAUGAGCAUCUGACUCAAUUGAGAACAUUUUACCUGACCUUCAUUCUAAAAACAAAACACUAACCCAUAAGGCUUUGGAGUAAUUAUGUAGAAUAUUAUUCUUUCAGAAGGAUACAGGUUGAGAAAACAUAUAAAUUAAUGCUGUCAGAUCUGUUUAGCGUUGUAUGGGAACUGCUGAUCAGGUCUGAACCUCUGAUUGACCACCUGAGGCAAGCCAUGAGCUGCAGAGCACAGGUG